AUGUGGGAAGAAAAACCAAUUUAUAGCUCGAAACUAACCUAUCUCAAAAUUCCAUACUAUAAUUCACUUUUAAGUAAGAAAAUUGAAGGCAUUGUAAGAACAUGCCCAAAUAUAAUUCAUUUGAAUUUCGAAAAUUGUGUGGGUUUUAGUAAUAGAGCAUUAAAUCAGCUUAAAGCAUACCCCAAUCUGAGAUAUCUUAAUUUAUGUCAUAGUGGUAUUAUGGGUGAUAAAGCUUUAUGUAGAAUGGUGGGAUUAUGUCGUAAAAUAAAAUAUCUAAAUAUUUUUUUCUGCCAAGGCAUUACUAAUAGAUCUUUAAUCAAAAUUGCAGAAAGUUGUCAAGCUUUACAAGAGUUUCAUUUUGCUUGUACGCAUUUGAUUUCUGAAAGAUUUAUAAGUCAUAUCUUAAACUUAUGCCUAAAUUUACGAAGAUUCAGUAUUCUGGGUAGCUGUCGAAGAAAAAAUAGAUGUGAUAUAUUAGUAGAAAAACAUUUUACUUUAGAAAAACACCUUAAUGUAGAGAAACAUCUUAGUGUAGAGUAUCUUGAUUUUGGUAGGUGUGUUUACGUCGCUGAGACUUCAAUUUGCAAUACCAUUCAUUCCUGUCUAAAUCUCCAAUAUCUCAAUCUUAAUUUUUGUGAAAUUACUGAUGUAAUUAUCAAAGAAAUUUCUUGUUUGUGUCUUUAUUUAAAACAUCUUAAUCUGGAGGGGUGUGUUAAUAUUACUAAAGAAGCCAUAGAUCAGCUAAUUUCAUUUAAUCCAAAUAUUUAUGUCGAGAAUUUCAUGAAUUCUAUGGAUAUGCGAGCUGAAUUAGAUCAAGAGAUAAGAGGGCUAUAUAACACUCGGCAUAGAGUUGGUAAUAUCCAGAAUUCAGUUUUAUCUCAGAUAUAUCGUGACCUAAUUCCAAUUCAUCUAUAA